CGUUAGUCGUGUUUGUCCUUUGAUGGUUUCAAAUUCAAGUUUUCCUGAAACACCACCACCCAUUUGGAGAAACGUUCAAAAAAUUCGAAUUUUAUUCAACCCUUUCUCACCCACUCACCCUUUCAACUUUCUUCUUCAUCUUUUCCAUCGUCUUAUAUAUAUAAACAACAACCCAUUUUGUUCUUGUUUAUUCUUCUUCAGGAACCACUUUUUUUAUAACCUUCAACGAACACCCAUCCAUCCAUCUUCGAUUUGGUCCUCAAAAGAUGCACAGAAGCACGGAUUUACCUUUCGAAAUCCCUCUUUUGAGGCCCAGUAUUCAUGCCAGAAGGGCAAAUAUUGUUGUAAAGUUUCAAGAUCCUUAUGGGUUUAUGGUUGAAGGUAAUGUUGAUGAUGUUAACAUAUUGAAUGAUGUCAGGGAAAAGAUGAGGGAAAGGGAUAAGGUGUGGUGGGCUAUGGAAGCAAGCAAAGGGGAUAAUUGGUAUAUGCAGGCGGUUUCGUCUUCGUCUACGGCUGCCGCGCUUAAAUCGUCCCUGAGGUUUUCGUUUUUGGUCAAUGCUAUGGCUUUGAAGAAGCUAAUUCGGAAGGGGAUUCCUCCCGGUUUGAGGCCGAAAGUGUGGUUUUCGUUAUCCGGGGCUGCCAAGAAGAAAUCUACCGUGCCUGAUAGCUAUUAUGAUGAUCUAACAAGUGCUGUUCAAGAUAGGGUCACCCCUGCCACCAAGCAGAUUGAUCAUGACCUGCCGCGGACGUUCCCUGGUCAUCCGUGGUUGGAUACACCGGAGGGGCAUGCGGCGGUGAGACGUGUUCUUGUUGGGUACUCUUUCCGCGAUUCGGAUGUUGGUUAUUGUCAGGGCCUAAAUUACGUGGCAGCAUUGUUGUUACUCGUGAUGAAAACCGAAGAGGAAGCUUUCUGGAUGUUAGCAGUCCUCCUAGAAAACGUAUUGGUCAACGAUUGUUACACCGACAAUUUAUCCGGCUGCCAUGUUGACCAAAGGGUGUUUAAAGAUUUGCUGACCAAGAAAUGCCCAAGGCUAUCUGCUCAUUUAGAUGCUAUUGGGUUUGAUGUUUCGCUUGUAGCUACCGAGUGGUUUCUUUGCCUGUUUUCUAAAAGCUUACCUUCAGAGACAACUAUGAGAGUGUGGGAUGUUCUCUUUUACGAAGGGGCAAGUGUCUUGUUUUAUGUAGCUUUGGCUGUUUUCAAGAUAAAGGAAGAAGAGUUGUUGAUGACACAUCAUGUUGGGGAUGCGAUCAAGAUAAUACAGAAUACCACCCAUCAUCAAUUCGAUCCUGAUGACUUGUUGACAGUUGCCUUUGAAAAAAUUAGCUUUAUGACAACCAAUUUAUCGAAGCAAAGGAAGAAGCAAGAAACGGUGGUAAUGGCGGAACUUGAUCAGAGAUUAAGGCGACUAAACACAAGUAAAUUAAGCGUCACUAGUUAAUGUAUGGUGAUGUAAGGUUAGUACAUGUGAAAACGUUGUCUUACGCUUUGCCGAGGGCUAUCAAGCGCCCCGUGAGUCGUUUUUUGUGUUCCUAGGAGAGAAUUGGGUGCUUCAUUGAAGAAGAAAAAAAGUGUGUUCCAGAGGUUGAUAGUGUGAAAUGCUACUAAAUUUCCAGUUUUUUAAAUAUUA